AUGUCGGCGACAACAACUACAACUGGCCCUUCCACUCUGCUGAAAACUCCAUCUGGAAGAUUGUUCUCUCAGGGAACUGAAUUCAAAUAUGGUGACUUCCGUGAUGACAUUCUUCAGAAUGGUUACGCAGUGGUAAAUGGUGCGGUUCCACGCGAUCGGGCCUUGAAGUAUGCAGAUGAUAUCUACACUUGGCUGGAGGAAUUCAAGCUCGGAUUCCACCGCGACGACCGUUCAACAAUCCACAAAGAUCAAUUUCCUGAUAUCAAUGAGAAAGGAAUGUGCCUGGGCUACGGCAUUUCGCACGAGUCAUUUACUUGGGCUGUCCGUCAAGAGCCAGCUGUGGUCAACGCUUUCGAGAAGGUCUACGACACGGAGGAUUUGACUGUUUCUCUCGACUCUGUCAAUAUUGGAUUCCCCAAUAGGAAGGAUAUCAAACCAAAUUCGCCCUGGCCUCACCAAGACCAGGAUCCCGAGAAGCCUGGCUUUCGAUGCUUGCAGGGCCUUGUCAAUCUACUUCCUAAUGGACCAAAGGAUGGUGGUUUGAUCGUUUGCAAGGGUGCGCAUUGGUUGAGUGAGGAGUUUCAUGCAAACUUCAAAGAUGAAGAAAAAAUUUGGUCAUGGACCAAGGAAUGGUAUGGAUUUACCGAAGCCGGGCAGGCCUGGUUGGAAGAAAAGGGCUGCGAGUGGCUCAAGGUGGAAGCUGAACCGGGCGACUUGCUUCUCUGGGAUUCGCGCACACCUCAUUACAAUUUGACUUCUGAGACAGACCAGGACAGGUUCUGUGUCUAUACCUGUUUCAUGCCUGUGGCAGAUGCGACAAAGGAACAGCUUCAGGUGAAGAAGAUGGCUUUUGAAGAAACCAAAAUGACCAUUCAUUGGCCCAACGCAAUGCAUGUUGUAGAUCUUCCGGUCUUCAGGGACGGAGAGGCGGAUCCUUAUAACCGCUCAAAGCCUCGUGAACCGGUGAAACUUAUUGAGCGGGGAUUCAAGUUAACCGGUAUCCCUUAUCUUGAGCAAAUGGCCUAG